UGGAUGUCGACCCAUAAUAGGGAUUGAUGGAUGCCAUUUGAAAGGGAACCAACUAGGGGGGCAACUACUGACAGCAGUAGGCAUUGAUGGAAACAACAACAUGUAUCCUAUUGCGUUCGCAAUAGUGGAAGGUGAACAGAAGAAAAGUUGGAGUUGGUUUCGUACACUUCUUGACGAGGAUCUAGGUAUUUCACAAAAUCCUUCUGCUUGGACUUUCAUUUCAAAUAAGCAAAAAGGUUUAAUUCCAGUAUUUGAUGAGACAAUGCCAUAUGUUGCACACAGAUUUUGUGUGAGACAUCUGCACAAUAAUUUUAAGACGGAAGGUUUUGGAGGACAAGCAUUGAAAGAUGUCCUAUGGAAAGCUGCCAGAGCAACUACAGAAGCUGAAUUCUCCAAGCAUAUGGAAGAAAUGGGGAAAUUAAAUCCAAAAGCCCCUGAAUGGUUCAUUAAUAAGCCCCCCAUUCACUGGUCAAGAGCUUUUUUCUCUCCCUUUUCAAAGUGUGAUGUGUUAUUUAAUAAUUUGUGUGAGUCAUUCAAUAGUGUACUUCUACCGGUAAGAGACAAGCAUAUUUGGACAAUGAUUGAAUCAAUUAGGAUCUACAUGAUGUCCAGACUUCAAAAGAACAGAGAUAAAAUGAUGAAGUAUUGUCAGAGAAUCUGUCCAAAGAACAUACUGAAGCUAGAGCAAAAUAAGGCUAAAGCUGCAGAAUGUAUUGCCACUAAAUCUGAUCAAUUUCACUAUCAAACUGAGGACAUCUAUCGUAGACUAUUCUCUGUUGAUCUUAAAGAGAAAACAUGUUCUUGUAGGAGAUGGGAAUUAACAGGAAUACCUUGUAGUCAUGCUAUUGCAGCUAUAUGGGUUAAGAAGGAUGAACCUAAAAUGUAUGUUCAUAAAUGCUACACAGUUGAGCAGUACAUGAAGAGUUAUAACCCAUCCAUUUUGCCAAUUGUCAGCUCUGAUCAAUGGCCUAAGACGGGGAUAGAACCACCACUUCCACCCAUAUACAAGGCACAACCAGAAAAGGCAGAAAAAAGAAGUGUGGAUCAUGUGGAAACUUAG